AUGUCUCUCGCAGCCGGGCCCGGCCGCGGGCAUGUCACAGUGGGUCAGCUGCCGGACGAGCUGAAUCUGGUUGUUGAGAAACACAUUUCUUACAUCCAGGAUUUAGAUACGCGUAGAGAUGAGCUUGAGUACCACUUGACCGAGCAUCUGCGCACAGGAGGUAUCUACUGGGGCCUAACAGCACUACACCUACUGGGGCGGCCUGAUGCACUACCACGGGAAGGCCUGAUUGAGUAUGUCCUAUCGUGCUUGCACGAUAAUGGAGGCUUUGGGGCUGCGCCUGGUCACGACGCACAUAUCUUAUAUACUGGCUACUCUGUUCAGAUCCUGACCAUGAUCGAUGGCUUCGACGAGCUAGAGAAGAAGAUGCCAGAUUGCAACGGUAAGAUUGCGGCCUUUGUCGCGUCCUUGCAGCAGCCAGACGGCAGGUUUGCUGGUGAUGAGUGGGGUGAGACAGACACUCGCUUCCUGUUCAGCGCCUUCUACACCCUCUCGCUUCUUGGCUAUAUGCCACACCAACAUCCGAAUGAACCACCAAUCAUCGAUGUCAGUGCGGCGACUGCACAUAUCAAAGCUUGCCGGAAUUUCGACGGAGCCUUUGGUGUCGCUCCUGGAGCAGAAUCGCAUUCCGGCCAGGUCUUCACCUGUUGUGGCGCCCUAGCAAUAGCUGGCGAGCUCGACUCGUACCUUGGCGAAGUAGGCAAAGAUCGGUUGGGAGCCUGGCUGAGCGAGCGACAGUUGCCCAGUGGUGGACUGAACGGCCGGCCAGAGAAGCUAGUCGAUGUUUGCUAUAGCUGGUGGGUCAUGAGUAGUCUUGCCAUGAUCGGCCGCCUGCACUGGAUUGACAAGGCGAAGCUCACAGCAUUCAUACUACAAUCUCAGGACCCGGAGGAGGGAGGCAUCGCCGACAGACCCGGUGAUAUGGUGGACGUCUUUCAUACAGUCUUCGGCAUUGCUGGAUUGAGUCUGAUUGGCUAUCCUGGGCUGGUGGAAGUGGACCCUGCUUAG